CGGGAGCUCCAGGGGACCUUACGCCGCUCCGGUUGGCGGUAUUUUACGCUGCAACCCAUCUCAUUCCAACCCUCACUUUGGAAGCAGCCGAAGUCCCACCUGUGGACCUUCGUUUAGCUCAAGUUCCAUCCUUCUCCAGCUGAUCUCGAGGACCAGCAAAGAUGUCUGAGGGCAAGGAGCAUCUUUCCAUUGUCAUCUGCGGCCAUGUCGACUCCGGCAAGUCGACCACCACUGGUCGCCUGCUCUUCGAGCUCGGCGGUAUCCCCGAGCGUGAGCUGGAGAAGCUGAAGGAGGAGGCCGCUGCCCUGGGCAAGUCCUCGUUCGCCUUCGCCUUCUACAUGGACCGCGCUAAGGAGGAGCGCGAGCGUGGUGUGACCAUUGCCUGCACCACCAAGGAGUUCUUCACCGAGAAGUGGCACUACACCAUCAUCGAUGCCCCCGGUCACCGCGACUUCAUCAAGAACAUGAUUUCCGGUGCCGCCCAGGCCGAUGUGUGCCUGCUGAUGGUGCCCGCCGAUGGUAACUUCACCACCGCCAUCCAGAAGGGUGACCACAAGGCCGGUGAGAUCCAGGGCCAGACCCGCCAGCACGCCCGUCUGAUCAACCUGCUGGGUGUCCGCCAGCUGAUUGUUGGCGUGAACAAGAUGGACUCCGAUACCGCCGGCUACAAGAAGGAGCGCUACGAUGAGAUUGCCAACGAGAUGCGCCACAUGCUUGUGCGCGUCGGCUGGAAGGACGACUUCGUCAACAAGUCCGUGCCCAUCCUGCCCAUCUCUGGCUGGCUCGGCGACAACCUGAUCAGCAAGUCCACCAACAUGCCCUGGUACACCGGCCAGGAGGUGCUGAACCUGAAGAACGAGAAGGUGCAGGUGCACACCCUGCUGGACGCCCUGAACUCCUUCGUCACCGUCCCCGAGCGCAAGACCGAUGCCCCCCUGCGCCUGCCCAUCUCCGGCGCCUACAAGAUUAAGGGUGUCGGUGAUGUGCUGGCCGGCCGUGUCGAGCAGGGUGUUGUCAAGCCCGGUGAUGAGGUGAUCUUCCUGCCCACCCACACCACCGCCAACCCCUGCACCGGCAAGGUGUUCACCGUGGAGAUGCACCACAAGCGUGUGGACAAGGCCGGCCCCGGCGACAACGUCGGCAUGAACAUCAAGGGUCUGGACAAGGGCAACAUGCCCCGCACCGGCGAUGUGAUGAUCCUGAAGUCCGACGGAUCCCUGAAGAUCGUGAAGGACUUCACCGCCCAGAUCCAGACCCUGGAUAUCCCCGGCGAGGUCAAGAAGGGCUACUCCCCCAUCGGCUUCGUGC